AAUUCCGCGAUGGCAAAGCCCGCCAGCCUUCCCAGCUAGCACGCUAAAUCAUAAUUAAGUUCCCCAAUCAUUUGAUCCACGGCGCAUUUUUAUUAAAUUAGUUGUAGCUGGGUAGUUAUUGAAACAAGUACCCAAAGGUUCACAUUUGCUAGCUAUUAGUUUCCAAUUAACAUUAAGGGUGGGUUCGUAAAUUAACUCUGGCUAUAAAGUCUGAGUGCCAUAGCGCAGAAUAAUUGAUGAAUUUAUGAACGGCCAGAGCGCACUCCAGAUUGAAUUUACGAACACACUGGACUGUGUGUGGACCUCAAUUCGUCGUUCAAUCACCCACGUGGGUAUGUGCUCCUUAACACCAAUGAGGUGUCAAAAUGGAGUUCGGUAAUGUUAUGUUGGAUAUAGAGCAGAUCGUUCUGGGGGAAGAGGUGAUGACCAGUAGCACAGCAUCCAUCAUCAAACCACAGACUGUCCCUGCUCCCCAACCCUAUCAGCAUGACAGCGUACAGUGUUUUCAGUGCUUCAUUACAUUCUGUAAUGCCAAGUCCAGGGAGAGACACAUGAGGAAGAGCCAUCGUGAGGAAUACAAGCAGUCGCUCCAGCAGACAGAUACGCUGUUCACCUGUUAUGUGUGCGAUCGUACCUUCUCCUCCUCUGAGGAGCUGACGCAGCACCAGGCCUCACACAGCCUGGAAGACAAGCCCUUCUGCUGCACCCACUGCCAGGGAAGCUUCCGGACUUUCUCUGAGUUGACAGUCCACCGGCGACAGCUGUGCAAGGAGCGUCAGUGUGCGUGCAAGAACUGUGGCAUGGUAUUGCGGGGCCCAAACCAGUUACGCACCCACUGCCUCACCCAGCACCCCCAGCUGAUGGAAGAGGAGGAUGAUGACACCAAGACUCAUCGUUGUGGCAAGUGCGGCCGCAGGUUUGAGAUGGAGGUGGAGCUUGUGCUGCACCAGGAAAACUUUGUGGGUCAUCGGCAUUGUGACGCAAAAGUCCCAGCCAAACAACGCGGACGCCCUCCCAAGAAAGUGUCUGUGGCUGAGCCAAAGUCUGCUGAGCGAGAGGCAGCUAAUGGAGAGAAGAGUGGGAAAGCUGGCGAUGGGGGAGAGGAGUUUGUGGCAAAAGGAGGGAAACGACCAGGUCUACCCCAUAAGGAGGAGCUCCAAAUUCCCUGUCCUAAAGCUGAGUGUGACCUCAUGUUCUCCUCUGUUGCCCUUCUCCGGGCCCACAAGAAGGAGAAGCACAGGCGGCCACCUCCACCUCUCAAGACUCACCCCUGCUCUGAGUGUGAAGAGAGCUAUACUCGACCGGAGCAGCUCAAAGCCCACAUGGCCAUGGCUCACGGCUACGGCCAACACAACUGCCCUACCUGCGGCAAGACCUUUGGCCGGGAGAGCAACCUAAAGGCACACCAGAAGACCCACACUGAGGGAGAGGCAACAGACAAAUAAAAUAGAUAAUCUGGGGAAAGGAGAAUGUCAUCAUGGUCAAUUUAUGUAAUGGUUAAAGGUGCAAUAUGCAGAAAUUGCUUACCAUUUUCUGGUUGCUAAAAUUCUAAUAGUUUGCCUAAUUUUAGUUUGUGAUAAAACAAGCAAUGUAUAGAAUAGAUAAUCAUUAUACCAUCUAAACCACUGUGAAAUAUAUUGUCAGCUGUUUGAGACUGGUGUACAAACCCAAAAGUAAAAGCCACAAAAUGAAACUUAAGGGAGUCAUAGAAAUAGCGCACAUAGAACAUAUCUACUGCUUCUUAGACUUGUUUUCGAUGAGUUGUUUGCUUUCUAUAACUCAUAUUUCUAUGUGGAUUUGGUCGGGUUACCUAAAAAGUUUCAUGCUGCAGCUUUUAAGGGUUGGAAAAAUAUAAUUUGGUUAAAACAGGCAUUGACGUGGGUGGGUUUUUUAUGUUCAAGAUGGGAGUUUGGAGUAUGUGACAUACCAUUAUGGAUAAGCACUUGGUUGGAUCAUUAGCUUGUUCCUGGUUGCUCCCACGGAUUAUUUUGAAAUGCUUUUAGAACCCUCUAAUGAUGUGUACAUGAUCGUGAAUUUCAACUGCCAGCCCCCUUCCAGGGUAGGAAUCUAUUUCCAUAUUACCUCAAAUGUGAGCAGAUUUAGUAACUUAUCAUAUUGAUUUUAGUAGGAAAUCAAUGGGUUUUAUGGUUUGCAUUUUAGUCAUUUAGCAGAUGCGCUUAUCCAGAGCAACUUACAGGAGCAAUUAGGGUUAAGUUCUUUGCUCAAGGGCACAUCAACAGAUUUGUCAUCUAGUCAGCUCGGGAUUCGACCUUUCAGUUACUGGCCCAUCGCUCUUAAUCGCUGGGCAACCUACCGCCUUCAACAUUCCACUCAUCAUUUAGUUUACGUUCCUGUCAAGGCAUCUUCUGAUCAUGUAAAUGUAUAUAUAUUGGUCCGGAGAAUAUAUUAUUCUGUGAAGGAUGUCGUUGUUGUGAUAUGAUCUUGUACUUUUUUCAUCCAUAAUUAAAGAGUAAGGAGUAAUUUUUAAA